CAAAUGCUGUAUUUGGACAUCUCAUCCCGAUCCCUUUCUUUGCAAAGACCCCGUUGUCUGGAUUUUUGACACUAAAUAUCGAAUUCGGGUUUUUGUCACCUCUGAAGUUGUCCUGGAUUUAGGCACUUUCACAGAAGAAGCUAGAGAGUUGGCUGGGUGUGCAGUUUACAAAGGAAAAUUUUCACCUAACUACUUCGUGGAACCUCAGCUUCAAAUUCUCUACAAUCAAAGUAAGGACAUUCUCGAGUCUGUCAUGAGGGCAUUUAUGGAAAUGCAUGAAGGGGAAGUCUUCCUAAAAGUCAACUUGCUAUGGUCUUCAGUGUUUCAUAAACUAAUUGAUGCCCGGUUUGAGACUCCUUGUUUCAAGUUUGUUAAACCAGCAUCGUCUUUAGAUCUGGAUAGGAAGAUAACCCUACCUUAUGAUUUAAAGAUGACUAAAUUAGAACAUCAGGAUAUCCAAAAGGUACGUUCCUCAAAUAAGGUAACCUUUGACAUCAAAUAUAUUGAGGAUUGCUUCCGCCUUUCUAGUGCUAUAAGAGGAGUUGAUAAUGACGAGCUGGCUGCCUGGAGUAUGACCCAUCGGGAUUUUUGUGUGGGAGCUCUUCAUGUCUUACCUGAACACCGUCGCAAAGGCUAUGCUGAUAUGAUUUUACAUGAUGUAUGUAAGCAAUAUGCUGCUUUCUAUAAACAAGCGAUUCCUGAAAAUGCGGCAGAUCUUUACUUUUGUGCUGCUGUAGAAUACUUGAAUACUUCUAGUGCAAACUUAUUCAAAAAAAUAGGCUGGAUUAGUUUUGGUCUUGGAUGCAGUUGGAUUUGCGGCUCUCCAGUAAAAAACAAAUAGUUACUUGAUAUUAGGUUUCAGCAUAAUAUAUUUUUUUAUUUUUUAUGAACUAUACAAGUAUAUGUAAUGUUAGUUACGAUUUUUUAAAAAAA